AUGACGACGUCAGAGUGCGCCGCCGCCGCCGCCAUGAACAGCGUCGGGGAGGGCUGCACCGACAUGAAGCGCGAGUACGACCAGUGCUUCAAUCGCUGGUUCGCCGAGAAGUUCCUCAAGGGCGACAGCUCCGGGGACCCGUGCACCGACCUCUUCAAGCGCUACCAGCAGUGCGUCCAGAAAGCAAUAAAGGAGAAGGAGAUUCCCAUCGAAGGACUGGAGUUCAUGGGCCGUGGCAGAGACAGGCCUGAAAGCUCUUCUUGACCUUGUCAGUCACCUUGAAAAUAGACUCCUCCGAUCUGGAAAUGUGAGCCCUCUGGAUUUUGUCAAUUAAGUUAGCUGUGAAGACAGCCAUCAAUUUAAUGAGGACUUAUUUUCCUCCUAGAUGUUUUCCUCUCACUUUGAACCAUCACUUUUUACUUUGGGAUGAUUUCUCACUUGCUGUGACAUCUUGCAGGAACUCGCUGUGCUAAAACUGAAUGAUUUCUUGGGAUUAUGGUUGCAAUACUUCAUCUGGGAUCUUGUAUCGAAAGACUGAUAAACUUGUCAGGAUAAUCAUGGUUGCCUGACCCCUAGAGUUAUGCCUCAAAGGACAUUAGAUAUACUGUACUGGGGUCAUUGUUCAUGGAAGCAACUGGUUAGGACCUCUUUUCUCUCAGGGAGCUAAUCCUCUGAAAAGGGAUCCCAGCAUGACUGUUUCAAUCAAUGCUUGGGAGCAGUUUUAUUUUUUAUAUAGUAACUUAACUGUUCAGAUUGCUCAAUGGUGGACUGGGUUAGCUAAGAGGAAGCUUUUAACAGUUCCUGGCCUUAACAAGAGGUGUCAGGUCUCAGAUUAAGAUGUGAAAGCUUCAAGAACGUUAGUACGAACACCAUUUCAGAGUUCAUAGUUCAGUCAUUAAGAUCCCUGGAGUAUGCUAUGGAGGAAAAUCCUAAAUUGCAAAGAUUUGCUGCUGUGGCCAGCUUUCAAGCUAAGUCAAUGAAUUAAGUCAACCUGUAUAUCAUGAAAAUGCCAAAAUACUGUAUCUGGUUAGGGAGAAAGGAAUUUGCUUUAUUUGCGUUGUUUACCCACCCUGCCCUGUAAUAUCUGUAAUCAUGAAGAUGGAAUAAAUUGUAACAUUUCGUUUCUAUCA